AUGGUCUAUGAGAACUCAGUCAAUAGCCUCAACAUCUCCAGGUUGAUGUUCAAGUACCCAUGGCUGGAAUAUCCAGAAAGGAACAAAGAAAUCAAAAAGGCCAUGGCUCCUGUUCACCUGCCCUUAUCCUGCUACCAGCUUCCAAAGGAAGAGCUCCCCCCAAGUCCAGAGUGCUGGAGGCAGCACCCAAGCAAGCCCAACGCAGUGCCGUACUGCUAUUUCAAGAAGCCUGAGAUCUACACGCACUGGCACACCCUAUAUGAUCAACAGGAAGAACGGGAGGCCCAGAAGGCAUUGCGGAAAAUGAGAGAUCAUCCCAGGUACCUCAAAGAAGGUACCCGCUUCCAGAAACUCCAUCCCCCCGUGAGCAAGCUGACUACAGAAUCUCAGAAGGGACCCAGGCCCUUGCAGCCUACCUCCAACCAAAUGAAGUGGCAAAGAUUAAAGGAGCUCACACAAAGCCUGAAAUCUCCCAGAGAGGACAAGCAGCGCUACGCAGCACAGGCUCUGGGGUGCCUACGUACCAGUGACACGUUUGUUGUGGAAGCACUAUUGGAGGUGGCCAAAACUGGACCAGAGGAAGUGAAGUACGAGGCCUGUCGGACUCUGGCCAUCCUGGGUUGUCUGAACGAACAUGUGAUCCAGUCUCUCAUCAACCAAUUGAAGGGGCAAAAUGAGGGUCGAAGGAUGGAGACUCUGAUGGGGCUACGAGUGGCUCUCAACUCCUGGGUUGCUGUCCCCAAAGAUAAGAGGACUCAAAUCGGAUAUGAAAGGAAGCUGGUGUCUGUGCUGCAGAUGCUGACAAAGAAGUUAUCAGAUGAUGCAGCCCUGGAGGCAGCCCUGUGCUUGGGUUUCCUGAAGCCCUGCAGCAAAACAGUCCAAGAGUUCCUGCUGCAGUGCCUGUGCCAAGGGCCCAAGACCCGGUGGAUGAAGGCACUUAGGAUGCUAGUCAAGUUGAUGCAUGUGCACUCAGCUGCAGUCAUCCGGGCCAUCCUAGACCAGCUGUGCUAUUCCAAUGUCCUUGAGCACCGCUUGGAAGCCACUCAGAUGCUCAGGACCAUUGGGCUGGAACAGAUCCAGGUACAGGGGCUGGAGGGACUCACAUUUGACCUCCUCAGGAAGAAGAUGCAUAAUGAACCCUUUCUGGCUAUGAGGCAGGCUGUGGCUGAAACUGUGGAGAAACUCAAGAUGAAGCCUUUAAUGAUGAACUUGGUGGAAGCGCAACUGAUGGACCCAAAUGUCACGGCACGCCAGGAAGCAGUCAUCUCGUUGGGUGUCCUGGGUGUCCGCAGCCCACAAGUGUUCCACUUGCUCCUGGACAUGCUAGAUGCAGAAACAAACCAAGCGGUGAAGAAGAGUCUACAAGAAACAUUAAUCCUUCUGGCCUCGAUUGACCCCUGGAUCAAAAAAAAGCUGGAGAACAAGGUUAUCGUUGUGUAUGAGGGGCCUAAGGCCAAUGAAAACCCAGAAUAUACAAGGUUCCAGAAGGAGCCUGAGAGCCCAGAAGAAUUAAAGAUCCAAGACUUUAAACUUGUACAGCUGAGUCCCUUGUUUACCUCUAAGUCCAGCACCAAGGUCAACCAACAGAAAACAUUCACCACUGCCUUCGCGUCCUGUUUCUCCAACCCACUAAAAAACAAGUCACAAGCCAUACGACCCUGGAAGCAAAGGAUCAAGAGACACCUCCAGACCUUUGCUGAAACCUCCAAGUAG